AUGGAGUUGUGCAAUUACAGUGGCUUGAACUUGCUAGACACGUCCACAAUUCCAGGGGACUGGGGCUGGAUGACUUAUCCCUCCCAUGGGUGGGAUUCCAUCAAUGAAAUGGAUGAGUUUUUCAGCCCCAUCCACACCUACCAGGUCUGCAACGUCAUGACCCCCAACCAGAACAACUGGCUACGAACCAACUGGGUCCGACGGGACGGGGCGCGGAGGGUCUACGCGGAGAUCAAGUUCACCCUGAGGGACUGCAACAGCAUGCCCGGCGUGCUGGGCACCUGCAAGGAGACCUUCAACCUCUACUACCUGGAGUCCGACCGCGACCUGGGCGCCAGCACCCGGGAGAGCCAGUUCCUGAAGAUCGACACCAUCGCGGCCGACGAGAGCUUCACCGGGGCAGACCUGGGGGUGAGGCGCCUCAAGCUGAACACCGAGGUGAGGGGAGUGGGGCCACUGAGCAAGAGGGGCUUCUACUUGGCCUUCCAGGACAUCGGCGCCUGCAUCGCCAUCGUCUCGGUGAGGGUUUACUACAAGAAGUGCCCGGCCACGGUGAGGAAUUUGGCUUCUUUCUCCGAGGCCGUGACCGGAGCUGACUCGUCCUCCUUGGUGGAAGUGAGAGGGGAGUGCGUGGGGCACUCAGAGGAGAGGGACACCCCCAAGAUGUACUGCAGUGCCGAGGGAGAGUGGCUGGUGCCCAUCGGGAAGUGCGUGUGCAGCGCCGGCUACGAGGAGCAGCGGGAUUCCUGCACGG